AUGACUUACUUAAACUCAGAUCAGAUCCACCAGCUGUUGAGCAGCCUUGGUGCAGAAUAUGAUCAAUUAAAUGAAAAUCGCAUUAAGCUAGAAAAUGACUGCACAAAACUACGCGAAUUCAUCGAUUCUCAAAUUCAACAAAUUCAAAUCUUAAAUUCCGAUUUUGAGAAGCUGAGAAUAGAAUUUAUCCAAAGGAAAGAUGAAUUUGUUGCUCGUGCACAACAAGAGCAAGCCGUUAUACCAACUGCUCCACCCAUUCCAGAAGAAGCACCAGCGCAAGAAGAAGAUUGGAGUCAAGAAAUUGAUAUACAGCCUCUUCCAGGCGCUAAGAAUUGCCCGCUUUCUAUCAGUCUUUCAUGUGAAAUUGUUGAUGUUUCUGUUAUCUGCUCGACAACAUUCUCUCCCGAUGGACAAUGCCUUGCCAUAGGUUCAGACAAUGCAAUUCGUGUUUACGCUAUCGAUACAGAUAUCUUUUUAUUCCAACAUCAGGUUGAGGCCAAUCCAAAGAGACCGAAUAACUACAUACGUACUAUUGCAUGGACACCAGAUUCCAAGAGAGUAUUAUGUGGUAGCGAAGAUUCUAAAAUACGUAUAUUCGAAGUUCCAGCAGAUCGUCAACAACCAGCCGACGCCGAUGCGAUGGUCCAACCAGUAAAGAUCAUGACAGACUUCAAAGACCAAAUAUACUGCAUCCAAUGCUCCAGCGAUGGCAAAUUUUUCGCAACGACAACAGCAGACGGAACUCUUUCAAUUGUAGACUUAAAUACAUACAAUGUCAUAUCUAUAUUCCCACGCGAAGGCGAAAAUAACAUUGUUGCUACAUCACUCUCCAUAUUCCACGAUGAUAAUCUUGUAGCUGUUUGUUAUUCUACGAAUGAUGUUUGGAUAUUCAAUUUAGAACAGAACAAAGUUGUCUGCAAGGCCUCUUGCCAUUCUAAGUCAAUUUACGCGAUCAAAUUUAUUAAUAACUCGAAUCGCCUUGUUACUUCAUCUCUAGACAAUACGAUUAAGAUAUGGGAUAUGAUAUGGAAUGGCGAUAAUAUUGAGCUCAAAUUAUGGAAGAGCUUGGACAAACACACAGAUUUUAUCGUAACUCUCGAUGUGGACUCCAGCGGCAAAUAUCUUCUCUCUGGAUCGAAGGACAAGACAGUAAAGCUCUCAGAUAUUACACACGGUGAGAUGGCGUACAGUAUUCAGGCUCAUCAGAACUCUAUCAUCACUGUCAACUUCAAUCCAAAGCGUCCUUUGUUCUGCAGCGGAUCUGGCGAUAAAUCUGUAAAAAUAUUUUCGUAUGGCCCACCAGAGCAAUAA